AUGUUGCUCCCGGCUGUCCCGGAUGAAUGGGCAGCAGAAGCAUUCACCAAAGGGCUGAAUCCGAGAAGUUCAGACGCCUCCCAGAAGUUAAAGGAAAGCUUGCUUGAAUUUCAAGCAACGGCUUGGGCGGAUGUCCACAACCAUGUUGUAGAUUUGGUGCCAGCCAUGAGAAACAUCAAAGAGGCACGGUUCCCGAGACUGAUAAGAUCUGAUCCCAUCCAUAGAGAUCCCAACUUGUGGUAUGAAUACCAUGGGACAAAUGGCCACCGGAAAGGGGACUGCCAACACCUUCGGAAAGAAGUGGCAACGCUAUUGAAAAAUGGUCACCUGAGAGAGUUCUUAAGAGACCGAGCUAAGAACAAUUAUGGUCGUAACAGAGACAACGCAGAACCUUCAAAAUCAGGAGAAGAACCCCCACGCCAAACAAUUAAUAUGAUCUUUGGAGGAAAUAAGAUUAACGGGGUCACCUUCUCGGCAGCAAAGAAGACUAAAGUAUCAAUAACUCAUAGUAAAAGGCUUUGGGACGACGAUAUCACUUUUACGGAAGAGGACGCAGACAGAUUAUUGUUACCACACAAUGAUGCAUUGGUAAUUUUUGUAAAUGUGUUAGAUUUUAAGAUUAAAUGUGUUCUAGUGGAUCCAGGAAGUUCGGCUAAUAUCAUACAACGGAGAGUAUUAGAGCAAGCUAAACUCACUGGAAGCAUUAUUCCGGCCACAAAGCUCCUAGCCAGAUUCAUCCUCGCAAGCGUGACGACCCGAGGAGAGAUUUUAUUGCUCACGAACACUGAAGGGGUAAUGAAAACAACCCCUUUCGAGGUAGCAGAUGGCGACCUGGGAUACAAUAUCAUCCUGGGAAGGCCAUGGUUAUACGAGAUGGAAGUUGUGCCCUCAACGUAUCACCUAUUGUUGAAGUUUCCAAUGCCCAAAGGAAUCAAGAGAGAUGAAUGCAUUUUCGGUCUCCAGUAG